AUGAGCAAUACAACGGACAAACCGGCAGAUGAUAACCUUGUUCUUGAUCAUUUUACGUGAGUUUGGGGUAAAAUACUGGUUUUCACUCCGCUUUCGAAGAAUCCUUUUAAAAUUUUAUCGCAAUUUUUGAUCUCUUUUUCUUUCGAAAUAAGAAGAAAAUUGUUGAAAACGUAUUUUAGGAUCGUUGGAAUCUCUGUGGUUUCCUGUGUAGCAUUUCUCAUUUUGAUUGGGACCAGUAUUGCCUGUUGGUUCGACUUGCGCAAUCGGCGACACAAAUUGCCGGCUGAAGGAGAAGUCAAAGCGAUCAAAAAGAAGGCGUUCAAGACGGGAAGAAGACGCCAUUCCAGUAGUGUAAGUCUGGGAUAACUGUGAAAUCUCGGGUCUUGGGAUAUUGCUGUUGAAUAUCAAAUGUUCUGAUGACUAAAAAACAUUUUUUGUAAAGUACGUUUAAGAUUGUUAUUGCAUUUUGUAUGUUAUACGGUGGUUUUAUUGUAAAUUAAGGUUAGUUAUUAUUAAUAUAGGAUUAUUUUUAGAGCACGGAUCACGGAUCCAAAGAAGGCGUCAAUAAGCAAGAACUUGUCCAGGAAGAAGAGAGUGACACUCCGUUAUCUUCAACUGGUACGGCCCGAAUCCCCAGUCAUCGAACUCAACUAUCAAAGCGUCUAACAUUAUCUGAGAAGCGGAGAGUCAUGGAGAUUGCAGCCAAGACCUACAGCAAUUCCAAUAGUUUCUUCAUGGACAACACACAAUCCGAUUCCUCGGAAUUAAUGGUCUCAACGGCUAAAGAUGUGGACUCCUUUGUGAUAGUAAGAAUUUAGAGCAGUCCCACGAAAUUUGAUUUAUAAUUUUCGUCAUUUAUUUCACAUUAUUUUUACUUUUAGGUCCGCAAGAAGAGCUUGGAUAGAACUCAAAUGUCCGAAGCUGUUCCCCGUUCCCAGCUAAGAACAUGCCCUAAAUCCAGCAGAACUAAGAGUCUGAAGAGCAGAGUCAAUACUACCCAGAAAACGGGACUGAAAUCGGAGACGGAGAGUUCAUCCAGUUCGUCGUCAAGUUCAACAACCGAAACAAAGAAAACUGCGAUUCCAGAAUCCAAUGUCAGCUAUCAGAAGAAGAAUAAAUGA